AUGUGCACUCUAUCAUCGGUUGAAGCCAAAAAGAAAUCCAAGAGAGAAAAGCAUUCAAUUAAGGAGGUGUAUCAAGCCAAUGAAAACUACCAUAGGGAUGAAGACACUAGACCUUUUGUUCCUGGAACUGUUCUCGAUCCACCCAUCGAUUGCUACAAGGCAUGUCAUUCUGGUCCAAAUUGGAGAAGUCUAGUUUGUGAUGUCAUUCCUGCUGCAGGUAAAUUCCUCAAGGAUUACUGUAAACAAUAUGAAAACCCAACCAGACCAGACCUACAAUCAUGUCGUGACAAAUGUACCUAUUAUGCCAAUUUGAUCAAAUCAGGUUUCAAGGAUCUCUAUCCACCAAGAUAUAGUGUAGCCUGGCUUUGGUUUUGA